AUGUACGUGUCUUCUACAGCGCAGAAUGAAAAUGCAACUGGAAACUGCUACCCAUGUGGUGCUGACACACUGAAAUGGAUUGUUCAGCAAGCCGACCUGAAGCAGAGUGAAGUUCAGCAGAAAAAAAAGCAGGUCUCAUGGGGCCCUGCCCAAGCUGGAGACACCGGUAAUCUUUUUGAAACGGCAUGUGGACGAGACCGUUGUCAGACAGUCCCUCCCGUUGACCAAAAUGGCUGCCUGCCAGUAGCCAACGGAGUGCUGAAUCAACCUGUGGAGGACAGCUACUAUGACCCCAUGUCCAUCCCAAAUGUGAAUUCCCAGUCAUCGGCCACACUAUUGCAGUACAUUCAACAAAAUGCCAUUCCUGGUCAAGAUCAGUGUAAUAAUGUCGGGGAAACACCAUACGAUGGCAGUUGCUUCAUCCCACAUGUUUUUGUGAAUGAGGAGCCUCAGGGAAAUGGCGUGAUGAACAACGCAGCUAGGAACGACUAUCAAAUGCCAGCAAACCAGCAAGCCAUAAUAGAGCAGAACCUGCUUGUACCUCCCACUGUCCCUUGCCCAGCAGAACAGCCCCUUCUCAACGUUCCUCCACUGCAGAACAAUGAAGGGGCUGUCAUCUCUCAUCUGGGUGUCUCCAUCUAUUACCGUGGGAGGCUACUGCAUGAAACCGAAGUGACCGUGAACAGCUGUAUGUUUACCUACAACAAGCAUCACCCCUGUGGCCCUGCUUUUGGCAACCCCCAGGUAGUACAGUUUCCAAACCCAGAGGCACUUCCUGAUCGGAAACAAGUGAAGCAUACCUUGAUCCUGCUGCAGAAAGCAGGCCUACUGCUGUAUGAAAGGAACCAUCAGAUAUUUGCGAAACGACUGGAUGGAUGCAAAGUCUACUGGGCGUUCUCUAAGCAGCUGGACAACAUAACUCAGCAGUCACAAUUCAAAUGUUUGAUCCGGAAUACAGACACGGAGAUCUUUGACUACAUGCAGUUUUGUCAAGAACUAAAGGAUUUCCAUGAGAACCGAAGAGUGACUUCUCCUGACUACACCAUCUACCUGUGCUUUGGGCAGCGCUUCUCUGCUGCCAAACCCAAGGAGUCCAAACUAAUCUUAGUGAAGUUGGUGCCAACGUACUGCAAAGAGUGGCAUGAACUCGUGCUGAGGGAAGGAUCCUCAUCUUUGAGCAGUGACUCGAGCCUUCAGAUUUCCAACAGCCUGGUGGAUAUGAUAGAACAAUACCUCAUGGAUAUAUAAGGAAGCGCCUUGGAUGCUCUGUUCCUGGUGGGCAACUUGACUUGCAUGGCUCGGGGAGGGAACUGAGAGAGUGCAAUAAGCCCCAUGUUGACUGUCCUCACUAUUGUCGCCCUAUCUAGCUUUGUACCAGUUGAUCAGAGGUUAGAAGUACAGGCAUUUGUGGGGAUGGAGUUGAAAACAGCAUUCUCUGUGUUGAGUCCACCCCCCACCCCCCAAAUAACAUAUUGAAACUCCCUGUUAGGUGUCCUCUCUGUGAACGUCUCCAUCCCUGCCUUCAGGAUGCAGUGGUCUCUUAGGGAAUAUCACCGCAGGGUGUUCAUAUUAUGGGGAAGGACGUGUCUGCAUUUUGAGAAGCAUAAUGUAGAUUCUAACCUGACGUCCAGAUGUUUGGGGUAUUGCUGAGGGUACCCGAAUAAGUGAUGCGGUUUUGUACCUCCCAUCCCCACCCUGAAUGAGUCUGACCAGAUGGGUUGAGGAAGGCUUAUGAUGACGACAAUGUAUAUUUGA